AUGAGCUUGGGCUCCUUCGAGAAGGGUAAUGAAGAUUACGUCGUCAGCGAAGCGACAAUCAAGUCAGAGGACGAAGACGCCGCGUUUUUUGGGAUCGAGAGUGAGAUCGAACCGAACACGAAGCGCAUCAGGCAGUCCCGUGUCUCGUCUUCGACUAAUCGAACUACUCGAACACCAGUGAUGGCUACAAAUAAGUACAGCGAGGCUCCUGUUACACCACAACUCACGGUAUCCAAGCAUCGCAGCAAGCUCGAUGAGAACUUGAAAGAAAUCCUAUCGAAGUACCCCAUUACAGCUAAAGCGAUGGUCAAGUCCGUCCUCCACGACCCUCAGAAGCCGCUACCAAGCAUUGAGUUUUCUCCACCACCCGCCCCGACUUUGGUGGCCAGCGAUAAGAAGCAGCAAAUCGACAUCGACAUCAAGAGCCUAAAGCCAGGAACUGUCCUCAACUUCCCUGCAAAGCGUCAGCCACAGAUCAUUUAUGUGUCUCAGAAGCAUACACUUGACCCUGAGCGGUUCUCCUCCCCAGUCACAGUCACUUCAUCGCUUUCGUCAUCUCACGAUUCUGCCGGACGCAUGCUCAAGCAGAACCUAGCGGAUCCUGCACGGCAGAUCGACCUCCGCCCCGAAGAUAGCGUCUCGAACAUCAGCGUCCGUAGCGUGGAAAACGUCUCAGCUACCCCACCUACAGUUACAGGUCUCGUCUCCAACACCGACCGCUUCUUCAAAGGUCUGCUGACUCCCCAAUCCUAG